UAUAAGCCGCUGCAUUGCGUAGAGUUGCGCGUUAGAGUGGUGUUGGAGGUUAGUUAUUUGGACGUUUUACCCAGCCAUUUCUGCAAUAUCGGAACUCACGACAAGUUAGUCGGAAGUUAACAAGCACUACUGAAGUUUAUACGAUAAAGGACUCCAGGAAAACCCCUCUACAUUUGACUUAGAUGCUUGUUGACUUGGAACAAAACGAUCACGUUUUAGGAUAAAAGGAACAAAAUUUCUCGACGUCUUUGAAUAGGAGUGGACAACCGUUCUCUGUACAGGCAGAACAUGGCGGAGGGGGGUCCUGACGAUAUGGAACAAGGAUUGACAGACCGAAAGCUCGGCAAGCUUUCCGAUCAUCUGGCUGGUGAGUGGCAGAAAUUGGCAGCCUUCCUCGGUCUCAAUGCUGCACAGGUCGAGAAAAUCAAGUAUGACUUUGAAGGAACAGACAAUCGGAUCUUCCAGAUGCUCCUGAAAUGGAAGCAACAGGCCAAGGAAGAAGAUCUGAUCGGGACUUUACAGGGAGCGUUGAGGGACGUUGGUAGGAACGAUCUUGUCGAAAAGCUGUCAGGUCCCCAGAAGAUCAAGAAACAUGAAGACGAAAUAAUAUGCCCCCAACAUAUGAACACCGUGAAGCAAUUCUACUGCGAAACCUGCCAAGUACUCGUCUGCCCCUACAGUACCGCUAACCAUCCUGAGCCUCAUGUCAUGCAUAGCAACGCUGAAGUCUCGAUCAAAUACAAAACGACACUGCGAGACCAGAUUCAAUGCUGCACCUCAGCUGGGAGAGAGAUUGAGGAGGCCUUGCAGGUUGUGGAAGAAGUAAAGCAGUGUUUCGAAAAGGCACUCGAGGAUGUGAAGGAAGCAGCCGCCCGAGCCAUGAAACAGAUUGAGGCAGAGCAGAAGCGAUGGCUGAAUGAAAUAGAAAACCAGCGCAGAGUUCACAUCGAGUGCUCAAAUUUGAGGAAGACAUUGACCGACUGGAAGGAAAAGCAUACAAGCAUGAUGGAACAUGCUAAAGUAGUUAUGGAGAGCAAGACGGACAGUAAAUUUCUCCUCGAGUAUCCAGCUACUGCAAAGUCGCUGGAGGAGCUGGCCAGAGAGAUUCCUAUCGUCGUCGGGACACAGACCGAAUGUCGGCCCUCGCGACCCAAGUUCCUGCAGGGCCAGGCUGUACACGGCAUCGAUCUGGGCAAGGUAGUGAUGGUAGAUGUCUGGGAGCAGUGCGGUACCAUCGGCAAUCGGGGCGGAAACUCUGGAGAGUUAGAAGGUGCACACGGCAUCACCACGUCCGAACCGGACAGGAUUGCCGUCACAGACAGGGAAAAUAAGCGAGUUGUGAUCUUCGACAGCCAAGGAAACUGCUUGCAGAGCAUUAACGCAGUGACAAAUGACAUUGCGGCUACUCCAAAGGUGUGGAUAGUUGUUAACCCUCUCGUCGUCAAGUUAUACAGCAGAGAUGACGCGCAGCUGAUCCGUGAGUUCCACCCAGUGCCUCCGGAUGAGAUUGACAAGACAGAGGUGAACCUCUUCGGGGUAGCAGUAAAAAAGAACAGUAAUAUCAUCGUGGGUGACUGCAAGAGGAAGGUGUUGACAGAACUCUCCCAGGAUGGUAGGCUCCUACAUACUGUAUCGGUUGAGUUAAAACCCUACUUCUUGGCGGUGCUGGAUGACGACCUCAUUGCGAUCAGUGACAUGGAACAGGCAACAGUACAAGUAGUGGAUCUUUCAGAGGGUGUCGCUGCGAAAGUUACCACCCUGCAUCCAAAUAUCAACGGCCGACCGGCGGAAAGCUGCAGGGGAGUGUGUGGCGAUAGAUCAGGUAUCUACAUCGUGGCUAGCACCGGCUCCUUCAACAGUGGGCAUAUUCACCACCACGACAUCAAGGGUCAGUUCAUCACCUGCGUGGCUGAGAACCUGUACAAUCCUUACGGAAUCACAUUCAAAGCGGAUGAACAGCAGCUCGCAGUGGCCGACCUUCACUCUGUCAAGAUGUAUCGCAAGGCUGCGCCAAGAUUGUCUUGUCAGUAAGAGUGAUCAGAAGAGUUGGUACAGCGGUGACAGAAUCCAGCUGCGCUUUAACAUCGCCACGAGCGCACUCCAUUUGCUUACACGAAUAACAUGUAAGAAUCGAUAGUGUGCGAUUAGCCGCUAAAGUGGUGUCUUCACCUGGUGUUAGCCACCGCAACCUGUUAGCUUGAGAUGGAGUCAGUCAUGCACGGGGACUGUACAGUUAGUAUCUUUUGGCCGUAUCACUAAAAACGACCCAACUUUGUACAAGUACAGCGUGUUAAAACAAUUUCUUUCAAAACACAAUAAAACAAUUUAGUAGAAAUCACAAUCAGCCGAAACCCAGUGGGUUACUUGUAUAACUUUGUUUACCUUUUCAUUUUCACCAUCCUUUUUUACAAGUUGAUUAUUGAACUCCUGAAUGUCACGUAAUGUGUGAAACAAGCAUAAUGUUGGAUUACUGUAAGAGUGACUUACAUGAGUGACUGUUUUAUAUGUUUUUUUCUUUAGCACUAAAUUCACCAGUAAACUUGCUGUAAAAGAUAAAAUGGUAUCCAGCUACUGGUCUUUAAGCAUUGCCGUCUUCAUCGCUAUAUAUACCUAUUUAUCUCGUUGAAAAAGUUUGCAUCUUUUUUAUUUUGUCUUUAAGGUCUUCAAAAAUAUCCUUCUGAUCAUAUCUUCUAUAAUUUAUGCAGGUCACUUGACAAAACAUCCUGUACUUGUUGGAAUAGAUUUGUUUGACUGCCCAUAAAGUCUGCCUUUCAGCUUUUUCCAUUCCUUGAUCUUCAUCCA